UUAUGGGCUUUAAAAGGGUAUUACAAAUAUAUUUAAUUGAUAAUCAUGCUCCACGAGGUGAGGCCAAAUGUAAGAUUAGAGCAAUUAUGAUAGAUGUGCGGCAGAAGAGGUGGGACUCAGAGCCCAAAGGCCAGCAUUUACAUGCCCGCCAAAGAAAGGUGGUGGACCAAGAUUCAAGGGUCUGAUAAUGAAGGAAGAGGAAGAGGUGGUGGUUGCGUUUAGGACAUUGUACGUCGAACUCGUCAUUAUGUCUGGUUGGCAAGUAUGCAAAUGGUUUGUGUACAGAGUGUAUGGUUGAUGAAACAGUCAUGCAUGUGUUGAUGGAUUGUUGUAAGUACAGGGCUCUUUUUAUUUUCUUAGUAAUAGAGGAUUCGAUAGGAAGGUUUAGUUUCUUUAUUCGUUUAGUCUAUUCAUUUAGCUGUGCUUGACUACACACUCCAGUACAGUAGAGGCGGCAUGCACCUCUAACGUUUGAGGACCGCCAUAAUAUUAUUGAAGAAGAAGUAAACGGAAGUCAAGCGACCAAAUACAAAUUCCACGUUAGCGUUAUUGUUUAGACGUGUAACAACACCCUAGACUGAAAAAAAACUAAUUGAACUACACCGCAUUACAUACUUACCUCAGGUAGUGUUUAAUUCGCGUUGGAGACGGGACUUGGUUAAUAGAUGUUAUCUAGGUAACGCUAGCUAGCUGCUUAGCUAACAAUGGCUAACUGUAUGGUUUUUCACACUCAAAUAGCCUCCGUCAUGGAGGUGCUAGCGAAUGCAGCCGUGGCAGAGAUCUGUAAACUCGUAGACGACGACUAUGCAGUGUUUCGUUUGGAAAUAACUCAAAGCCAGAAAGAAAACGGGGCCUUGCGGAGGAAACUACAGCUAUUGGAACUAAAGGUGGCACGGGAGCGCGCAGAGAGGACAAUACGAGAGCGCGUCCUCGCCAGUCGUCCCAGUAGUGUCAAGGUCCUCGACCGAUACAAAGGAAUGACAAGAGGUGGACAUCUCACUGGAGGCCACAGGAGCUUUGUGAAGCCAGUGGGUCACAAUACAUGGAGCGAUGACCAACCAAUCACCGUUGACGAGGGCACUCGAACCUCAAUUCAGAACAUUAUUGUGAUAGAGUCUGUAGAUGCAGAUGCUGCAGGGCCCGGAGGAUCGCCUCUGGUGAAGCAGGAGAAGUCUGAAGGAGAGGAGGACCCACGGCACAACAGAGACAUCCAAACUGGAGCAGCGGCUGGAGUGCCCCCUAUAGCCACGGAGGACAACACCACCGCUCCAGCGCAGCCCAGGACCCAACGCAGCAUCACGGAGGUCAGUGGAACGCCGAACGCCGUCCUCAAGUCCGAGACAGACACAAAGACUUUAACUGUAACACGCAGGCUCUUACACACAGGAUUUGACCACAGAUCAGACCCAGAGAGACUGGGGCUGGGGAGACUGGGCUGUCCUCCUGCUCCCAGCUCAGGGUACUUACCAGUAUUUCACCAGACCCAGAGGACGGUUCAUUCCCGUGGAGAUGGUGAAGGUGACACAUUAGACACUGGCAGUGAUGAUCUGUCUUCCUCUUACGCUACAGAGAUGGAACCUGGCAACAUAUCCUUGGGUUUAGAGACACAGACUGAUCUGUCUAGAGGGUACUGGAACCAGUACAGUAGUAGUGUAUACUCUGAAGGGUGCCUAGAUAAGAAAAGGGAGGGUCUGGUCGUAGAUGUGAAAGUGGAGGGCGAUACUCCUCCCACAUGGAAUGCGGAUAGUCACCUAGGAGACCGACACUCACAGGGCAGAGAAUUCUUAGAUUACAGAGGAAGCUUAGAGACUAAUCCAAAUGUCGCAACCCACUCCCCUUUACACGCGUUCAGGGAUCGCGACCCAGUGUCCGCGUCGAUGGGGCUUUCUGAUUCACAGGGCCCCGUCCUUUUCGAUCAGGUCUUGAACUCAAACGACCAAAGGGCAAAGGCUUGGGGAGGUGGAGAAACAUCAGGCAAUACUAAAGAGAAACGGUUCCUCUGCAUGUUCUGUAACAAAGGCUUCAGCUGCCCCCAGAAGGUGGAGAGGCACCAGAGGAUCCACACAGGUGAGAAACCCUACAGCUGCCCCCAGUGUGAGAAAAGGUUCUCCCGCCAGGACCACUUGAAGUUGCACCAGAAGGUCCACACAGGGGAGAAACCCUACAGCUGCCCCCAGUGUCACAUGCGCUUUACCCAGGCUGGCAACCUGAAGAUGCACCUGAAGGUUCACACGGGAGAGAGGCCAUUCGCCUGUACGCACUGCGGGAAGAAGUUCUCAGAAAGGAGAUACCUCAGGAUACACCAGCAGAAAAACCAUUCCACUCUAACAUAGAAAGUAACCAUUCCACUCAAUAGCUUCUGGCAUUUAGAUCAAACCCUGCAUUAAAGACAAAUACUAAUUUACAUUGUUGUCAACAGAAAGUAUGCAUUUGGAAUAACCAGAGUAACAGAUUUCAGUGUUGAAUAUUCCUGGGCAGAAUAUUGCAUCCAGACAUUGUGAUAUACACUGAAUGUAUAAAACAUUAGGAACACCUUCUCUUUCUAUGACAGACUGACCAGGUGAAUCCAGGUGAAAGCUAUGAUCCCUUAUUGAUGUCACCUGUUAAAUCAACUUCAGUCUGUAAAUGAAGGGGAGGAGGCAGGUUAAAGAAGGAUUUUAAAGCCUUGAGACAUGGAUAGUGUGUGUGUGCCAUUUAGAGGGUGACUGGGCAAGACAGACUAAAGUGCCUUUGAAUGGGGUAUGAUUGUAGGUGCCAGGCGUACUGGUUUGAGUGUGUCAAGAACCGCAAUGCUGCUGGGUGUUUCACUCAACAUUUUCCUGUGUGUAUCAAGAAUGGUCCACCACCCAAAGGACAUCCAGCCAACUUAACACAACUUUGGAAGCAUUGGAGUCAACAUUGUUGAGUCCAUGUCCUGACGAAUUAAGUCUGUUCUGAGGGCAAAAGGGGGUGCAACUCAGUAUUAGGAAGGUGUUCCUUAUGUUUUGUACACUCAGUGUAUAAGGCACAUUCACACCUGAGAAAUCUGUUUCAUAUUGUGUUUGUGCUGUGUAGGAUAUAUGAUGUUCACAAAUGAACCCAAAACACUUUUAAUGAGAAAAUGAAUAGUUUAUGAAGAUCAUGCAGAUUUCUUUGAUGUGUAUGUGUGGUUUUCAUGUGGUAUAUUUAACACUUGUUUAUGUUUAGCCCCUUCCACUUGUGGAAAUUGGUCAAUAUGGAUUAGGCCAAAUUGAAAUUUCUAACAGAUUAACUAUUAAAGGCAUAUGCAUUACCAUGGUAGAAAUUGAAGGAGAACACUAGAGUUGAUGGGGAAAUUAUUUGACCAAAGGUGAAGACAACAGUUCACCUGACACAAGACUGAAUCCAAACAUUACACGGUUGAUUUUAUGUGCAUUGGACAUUUACUGUACUUUUCAUGGCAUUUGUCAAUAACAAAAUCUGAAAAUACUCUGGAAACAUUCAGUAACAAAAUAUGAAUAUUCAUUGUAAUUUUGGAGUGGGAGCAACAGUAAAAGUAAAAAAUG